GUCCGGGUCACGUGGCGCACCUGGCCCAGGUGAGGCGGGGCCGGACGCGCUCCCGGCUCGCAGGAAAUCCCGCCCUCUGAACAAUGAAGAUCUUAGACCCUGGCUAACUCUGAGUGCUGCAAACCCUGUGUAGAUCCCUCCUGGCUCCUCUGGAGCAGAUGCUGAGCCUCUCUAGAGGGAUCUUCUCCAGUCACUCCCGGUGCCUGUGUGAGAGCAGAGGAAGCUCCCAGCCAUCGUGUGCCCGAGCGCCGAGCCAUGCUGGGCCGGAGGAGCCGCCUUCCCCCCGAGCUGAGCAGCCCCCGGCAGCGGGAGCAGCCCGGCCCGGAGGCCGUGCCCCUGCGAGCACGGGCAGCCAGGGACACAGAUGUCAGCCUGGAGGUGUUCAGUGGCUCCACGCCCGAGAUCAAAGGCGGCCGCAGCCGGGCCCAGCAGAUGCGGGACAGGAAAGGGCGCAAGGCCGAGCUCAAAGACUCCAACGGCCGAGAGGCAGAGACCAUCACCUUCAUCUCUGGGACAGCAGAGGCUCCCCCAAACCAGAGCUUUUGCUGCUCCUCCCUGUCUCAGGCCUGGAACACGUACAAGGCCGUUUUCUGUUGCAUAGUGACGUGUGGGGGCUGCUUCCAGGACUGCAGUGUCUGCAUUCCCUAUCCGGGGCCCGCUGAGACCUCCACAGAGGAUGGGAAGAACGGAGACUACAACGGGCGGCUGCCAAACAGCCCCACCAACACCUCUCCUGCUGAGAAGAACGGGAACCAGAUCAAAAAGUCCAUCAUGGGCAGCAGUUUCAGUUACCCAGACGUGAAGCUGAAGGGCAUCCCUGUCUAUCCAAACAGGAACCCCAACCACCACCUGGAAUCUGAUUCCUGCUGCAAGGAGCUGCUGGAGAAGCCCUUCAGGAACAGCAUUGAAAAGGCACCGCUGCCCAGCAGCCACCGGAGCUCGGAGGAGUAUUACUCCUUCCACGAGUCCGACGUGGACAUCAGCGAGCUGAACGGCUCCAUGUCCAGCCGGCAGAUCGACGUCCUCAUCUUCAAGAAGCUCACGGAGCUGUUCAGCGUCCACCAGAUCGACGAGCUGGCCAAGUGCACCUCGGACACCGUCUUCCUGGAGAAGACCAACAAGAUCUCAGACCUCAUCAACAGCAUAACUCAGGACUACAACCUGGACGAGCAGGAUGCCGAGUGCAGGCUGGUCCGGGGCAUCAUCCGCAUCAGCACCCGCAAAAGCAGGGUCCGGCCCCACAUCUCCAUCCCCAGCCAGAGCCACGAGGACAAGUCCAGCCGGGGCAACGCGCCCGACAGCGGCAACGAGACCAUGCUGGAGUCCAUGGUCAUCAGCCAGGACGAGCUGGCCGUGCAGAUCUCGGAGGAGACGGCAGCGGAUGUGCUGGCCAGGAACAUGAGGCGGCACAGCAGCGCAGGCUCUCCAGCCAGCAGAGAUUCCUCUUUCCAGGACACAGAGACUGACUCUUCUGGGGCACCUCUGCUCCAGGUGUACUGCUGAAGGACCCGAGCAGCAUUCCAGGGCUUUGCUGCAGCCACAAUCCUCCUCUUUCCAUGUGGAGUGUGCUGUGCCACGUUUGAUUUUUGUUUUUCCCAGUCUACCCCGACCCUUAUUGAAGCCAAAUUCCUUCUGCUGUCUGAAUUUCACUGGAUGUUUUGGGCUUGUUGGACAAUCAAGGAAGCAAACUGUGGAGCUGAUGAACUUUGGAGGUGGAAUGUGUGCCCAGGGAGGAGAAGAUGGACAAGGAAGCAGCAGAUAACUUGUGCCUCUGUGAUUUCUGUAGAGCACAUUUAGCUCCAGCAGCCUCAGUGGCUCAGCCCUUUCCCUGCUUUCAGGACCUCUUGUACAGUUCCUGCUUCCUGGCAUUGCCCAAGUGAACUUGGAUAGGGAAUGACCCUGUGGGGUCUCUGCUGGUGCUGAUGUUGGGGUGCAGGCUGAAAUCCUGCUCUGUGGGGACCCAAAUCCUGCUCUGUGGGGACCCAAAUCCUGCUCUGUGGGGACCCAAAUCCUGCUCUGUGGGGACCCAGAUCUCUCUGUGGGGACCCAGAUCUCUCUGUGGGGACCCAAAUCUCUCUGUGGGGACCCAGAUCUCUCUGUGGGGACCCAAAUCUCUCUGUGGGGACCCAAAUCUCUCUGUGGGGACCCAGAUCUCUAUUUAAAGUGCCUGUUUUUGUCCCACAAACCCAAAGUCAGACACCCAUGGUGUUUUCAGUAGCCAGAUCUGCCUUUCCCUGCUGACCCUUGCUGUCAUCUCCUGCUGCCUUGUGAGGAGCAGGUUCAGGUUCUGGGGUUCAUUUCAUUUGUGGCCUCUUGGCUCAUCCAGUGCCACGGUGCCGGUGCUGGGGGCUGGGAGGGGGCUCGGCUGCCCCUGCCUGAGCAGACCACGGGGAUCAGCUCUGCCAGCCUGCUGUGAGCCCUGCUGAGACAUCCCCAGAGCACACAGGGCCCUGCCAGCCUGCUGUGAGCCCUGCUGAGACAUCCCCAGAGCACACAGGGCCCUGCCAGCCUGCUGUGAGCCCUGCUGAGACAUCCCCAGAGCACACAGGGCCCUGCCAGCCUGCUGUGAGCCCUGCUGAGACAUCCCCAGAGCACACAGGGCCCUGCCAGCAGCUCUCCCUCACCCUGCCAAGCCCUCCCUGCUUCCCCUGGGAGAGCCUGGAGCGGGGCUGUGGCUCCAGGUGAGCAACACUUGAUUCACUCCAGACUUUUUGUGCUUCA